AUGCCGUUGCCCACUACAUGCCCGUGUCCCCGCCCCAUCCUCAAGAAGCGUUACGCUCCCUCAUCGAGCGACGUGCCCUCGACACCGUCCGUCCUCUCUCCCCGAGAUGAGUCAGCCCAGCUGCUGAGCAUUGACCCCUCGGUCCUCCAGCCGCUCGUCCGCUUCCCUUCCACAAGCAGUCUGACGCGCACCUUCACCGCAUACUCCCCCUCAAUAUACGACCGCUCACCCAUCGUCGUUACGCCGAACAAAUGCUCACUCCCCGCGCGCGGCUGCCCAGGCAAGACCUACCUGCCUGGGGACGCUCCAACCAAGUCCAAAGCGGACGAUGGCAGCCCGGCGGGGUACAGCACUGCAGGCAGGCAUCUCCACCCACGUGCGGUGCGCGUGCAAAUGCCAUACGGUGCCGCGGACGAGGACGAGGAGCUUACACCGAGGGCCUUGACAAGCAGCGGCACGCACUCACAUUCACUGCCUCCGCUUGUUCCAGACGUGUCGUCUUCGUCAGAGUCUGACGAAUCGGACGGCUUCUCAAGUCCUCCGCUUGAUAGUGCGCCAAUAUGUAAGUAUCCGCGCUUCUCGCUUUGUUAA